AUGUUGCCGCACAGAAGUAUUGCACUGGAUCUUCACGAUGACAGUAAAAGUGCAGAAAGUGAUAGCGGCAGCGUUUUAAACAUCGACAAUGAGAAUAAUGCGAAUGAACUAGGCGAGGGCGCAGCCAAUCAAACAGCGGCAGAAGAAGGUGAAGCUGAAUUGCUCCGACGAUUUGGGCCGGUUCAUCCGAAUUCUGACGAAAUUGAUAUACGGUUGAAGAAUAUCGACCGCCUUUGCUCAUUUUUGUUUGAAAACGUUUCAGAACCACUUUACCGUCUAAACGAUGAACCGAUGGAUAUGGUACUUAGAGCACUUAGAACCACGCAAAAUGCAAUAUCAAAUUUGAGUAGUAUGUUGGUGCAAAUCAAAGAAGGCGAUCCAGAUGUGCUGCAAAAAUUCCAACGACGAGGGCCGAGCACGAGAUUCGUGCAGUGGAUGCCAUCCUGGGCAAAUUCUUCGGCUCGAGUGCAGAACAAUCCGGCCGCUAAUCGAACACAGCAACGACGUGGCGUAUACGGCGCGGAUGAUUAUGAUGAAGAUACGGUGUAUUACAGACAUGUACCAUCAGUGCACAGUAAUGAUGAGUACGAAGGCGUUUUCGUUGUUGAUGAGGAUCAGGUUGAGGGCGAAGUUAGCACGGCUGGUGACGAUUACUAUGAAAAUUAUCCGGCUCACAUGUAA